AUGAAGUCGAUCUUGAAAACGGCACAGGAGCUUAACAUGAACGCCCUCGGCAUGAUGUACGGGUUAUCCUCCAUCGCAAAAGACCUCAACAUCCCCAGCAUCGAAAACAUCAGCACCACGCCGUUACAACGUAAACUCUUGUCGGAGAAGAACAGUGACUUUCCUGUCUGGUUAAGCCACAGCGACCGGAGACUCCUCCAGGCGAAUGCGGGAUCCAUUAAGCCUAACGUGGUGGUUGCUAAAGACGGAAGUGGAAAAUACGAUAGCAUCGUCAAGGCAUUGGCUGAAGUUCCGAAAAAGAAUACCCAACGAUUUAUUAUUCACGUUAAGGCUGGAGUUUACAAAGAGCAGGUUCACAUCAUCAAGGAAGCCGAACAUGUUAUGCUCAUCGGAGAUGGUCCGACCAAGACUGUCAUUACCAAUGACAUUUGCGUCAUAAGGAGUAAACUCAGAACAUUCUUCACUGCAACUGUUGCCGUUGAUGCGAAGCAUUUCAUAGCCAAAGACAUCGGAUUUGAGAACACCGCCGGAUACGAGGGUGAGCAAGCCGUCGCCUUGAGAAGUACCGGCGACCUAGGCGUCUUCUACAACUGUCACUUCAACGGGUACCAAGACACCCUCUACGCACAUAAGGAAAUGCAAUUCUUCCGCGAUUGUGUCAUCACCGGCACCAUUGACUUCAUCUUCGGCGACUCCAGAGCGGUGUUCCAGAACUGCCAGAUUAUUGUGAGGAAACCUGGUCCAAAACAGAACUGCAUUGUCCUUGCACAGGGGAAAAUGUUCCAUAACUCCACUGGCGGCUUCGUUCUACACAACUGCACCAUCUCUGGCGACAAAGACUAUAUCCCGGUGAAGGACACGAACAAAGCUUAUCUCAAUAGACCAUGGAAGAUUCUUGCCACAGCCAUCAUCAUCCAGACCCAAAUCGACGACAUCAUCGCACCGGAAGGGUACAUUCCAAUGCUCCCCGGCAAAGGGGAGACUACCUCCUACUUCGUCGAGUUCGGCAACCGGGGACCUGGCGCCAAAACGGACGGCAGAGUCAAAUGGUCUGGAAUCAAGAAAGUUGAUCUUAACACGGCCAAGACGUUUACCCCUGGCCCCUACCUCAAGUCCAAUACAUGGAUUCCGAAUACCGGGGUUCCAUGCACUCCCGACUGGAUAUCCGGCCUGUAA